AUGGUUGCCAUUACUCCAGCCCUUCUCACCAGCCUGUCCAUCCUGGGGAUGGUUCAGAGUGCCAUCGCCAACUCCGCCACGGAGGCCGAUUCCUUGGCCGUUGUGCGAGGCAUCUCGGACACGGUGUCCGACGAGGUUUACCACGACAAGCGUGCCACGGGUAAGCUUCCUAAGCCUAUCCGCAAGGCUGGACAAGCCGCCAUCAAGGUCGGCCAAAAGCUUCCAAGUCCCGUCAAGAAGCAAAUCAAGGCUGCCGCUGGCGGUGCCGAGAAGAAGGUCGUCAAGGCAGCAAUCUCUGCCUCAAGUGCAAAGAACAAGAUCAAGAAGAAGCUUGGAAAGCGUGACCUCGAAGAUCUGGAGGUCUACUACAACACGCGGGCCACCGGCAAGCUUCCCAAGCCUAUCCGCAAGGCUGGACAAGCCGCUAUCAAGGUCGGCAAAAAACUUCCAAGCCCCAUCAAGAAGCAACUUAAGAAUGCCGCUGGCGGCGCCGAGAAGAAGGUCGUGAAGGCAGCCAUUGGCGCUUCCAAAGUGAAGAACAGCAUCAAGAAGAAGCUUGGGAAGAAGGACCUUGAGUCCGGAGAUAUUGAGAUCCUCGUGAGCCGUGACGUGAUUUCCGACCUCAUCGCUCGCUCCGUCGCCGAAGGUUGGGACUCUGAGAUUUACUACGAUAAGCGCGCCACCGGCAAGCUCCCCAAGCCUAUCCGAAAGGCUGGACUGGCUGCCAUCAAGGUCGGCAAAAAGCUUCCAAGUCCCGUCAAGAAGCACCUCAAGGCUGCUGCUACCGGCGCCGAGAAGAAGGUCGUGAAGGCAGCCAUUGGUGCUUCUAAAGUGAAGAACAACAUCAAGAAGAAGCUCGGCGGCAAGCGAGACCUCGGUGAGGAUUACGAUGUUGAAGUUCGUGACUUUGACGACGAGGUCUCAUGGGAGUGA